AGUUUAGUGCUAGAUUGGCUACUGUAUGCUAUUUGAAACACAUCAAUUCUCUCGAAAAUAUUGUUAUCUUUGAAUGAUUUAUUGCUGAAAAUUGGAUGUUAUAAAAAUAAUAUGAAACAGGCAAGCAUAUUCAGCUGAAAAUAUAUUGUCAAAAAUUAUAUUUUUUCAAUACUCUGCUGUUGAAAACGACAACGCUGUACAUCCUCUUCGAAGUGAACCUGAGACCUCUCAGUGGCGUUUGCGAGGUUGUCAAUCGUAGCCCCAAAUUGACACCUUACGAUGUCGGGAGGAUUGGAGGUGUUGGCCCUCAAGGAGGCCGACGUGAUGAAGAUGCUGGCGGCAUCGACCCAUCUCGGCACUCAGAACGCCGACUACCAGAUGAUGCAGUAUGCUUACAAGCGCAAGAAGGACGGUAUCCACAUCAUCAACCUGCGCCGUACCUACGAGAAGCUGCUGCUGGCCGCACGUGCCAUUGUGGCCGUGGAGAACCCGGCCGACGUGUACGCCAUCAGCGCUCGGCCCUGGGGACAGCGCGCCGUGCUCAAGUACUCGCACUACACGGGCGCCACGCCCAUCGCUGGACGCUUCACGCCCGGCUGCUUCACUAACCAGAUCCAGGCCGGUUUCCGCGAGCCGCGCCUUCUGAUCGUGACGGACCCGCGCGUGGACGCCCAGCCCAUCUCGGAGGCCUCCUACGUCAACAUCCCCGUCAUUGCCUUCUCCAACACCGACUCGCCGUCCCGCUACGUGGACAUCGCUAUCCCCUGCAACAACAAGGGCUACCACAGUAUUGGACUCAUGUGGUGGAUGCUGGCGCGCGAGGUGCUCCGCCUGCGCGGCACCAUCGGCCGCAAGCGCGACUGGGAGAUCAUGCCCGACCUGUUCUUCUACCGUGACCCGGAGGAGAUCGAGAAGGAGGAGCAGCAGAAGCGGGAGGCAGCCGCCGAGGAGGCCGCUGCCGCCCAGGCGGCCGCCGCCGCCGCCGCGCAGGCCGCCCUGCCGCCGACUGUGGAGGAUGUGCCGGCUGACUUCGGCACGGUGCCGACGGGCGCGCCGGUGCCAGCCGCCGCCUCCGACUGGACCGAGGAGUGGUCGGCCGGAGCAGCCACCGGCGAGUGGGCCGCCGCCGCGCCCGACCAGAGCUGGGCCUAGACGCGGCCAGGUGAUUUGGCCAGGGCACACCGACAUUUCCAUUACAGCCGGGGGAAUCCAGCCGUGUUUCGUCGGGUGUGCCUGAGGUGUGGUCGCCGCGGUCUCUGCCACCGGCCGGUGCUGCCAUCUACGGGCGCCGUCAGUCAUCCGUUCGCCACACUGAGGGCCAAUAUAAACACCUAUCCAAUCGAACAAA